AGGGCAUAGUCGGAUAACGCAGCUAAUAAAUAAAUUGAUUAAUAAAUAUAACGAGAUUCCACAGAGCGCACGUCAGUCGACUCCAGCCUUCCUCAUCCUUCCUUGACGUGUGCACGAGCCCGGCCGCGCGCCCCCCCGAGUAAGAGACUUUUAUUUUGACAGCUGCCCCCGAGCCCUGGGAUGCCGCCGGCCUCUCGCGGCGCCGCUCGUGCUACAGCCUCGUUGUCGAGUCGGGACUCCGUCUGUCUGGUAAUGCGAGAAUGCAGUGUGAGGUAGCCGUAGAGCGGAGAGCCGCCGUACGACGAACGCAGGAGCUCGGCGUCUCAGAGCACUAGGAGCCCGACGAGGUCGAGCGGAGGGGCUUCGUCUGUUCAAACGGCGUCUCUUAGAAGAAAGCAGCGCAGGGGAUGUGAAAGGAGCGGCGGCGGCGGCAGGAGAGCUUCACGAGAACUCCUGCAGGCCUGGACUUGCCUUGUUUGUGUUGUGCAAUCCUGCUUUCACGGUCGACCUCCAAAAAAUGGAUAAAUAUUAGUCAGCCGCCAUUUGUACUGCAGGCGCCGUCCUGACAGGUCACUUCACUGAAGGAGCGGAGCAUCGGAGAGGGCGAGACCCAGUAUGCAGUGGGAUGGAGGAAGACGAGCAGGAUCGCUAUGUAUCUCAGCUUAAGGAGGUGUUUGACAGCUGUGACACCACGGGCACUGGCUACCUGGACAAGGAAGAGCUCAUCGAGUUGUGUCAGAAACUGCACUUGGAGGCACAUUUGUCGUUCCUGCUGAACACCCUUUUGGGUACGGACCACUAUGCCAGGGUGAACUUUGAAGAAUUUAAAGAAGGAUUUGUGGCCGUCCUGUCCCACUCACUGGACAUCAGCACAUCUGAGGAGGAGAGCAGUUACCUGGAGCCAGCCAUUCCCGAAGAGGUGAAGCCCAAGUUUGUGAAGGGAGUGAAGCGCUAUGGCCGAAAGUCUGUCCCCGAUGCCUCCGACUUGGACGUGGAGCUGGCGAUGGAGGCCUCGGAGCCUCGGCUGUAUAAAGCAGGGAAGUCGGAGCCCCUCGUGCCAGGAGCCAGGAGAGCGCAGCUGAAGCGGGCGACGUCUCUGGAGAGUGUCGAGAGUCUGAAAUCGGAUGAAGAAACCGUAAGCAACAAAGAGUCAAAGCAGGAGACGUUUGAAGCUCAAGGUCAGAUGAGAGCCUGGGCCUGUAGCGAGUGUAAUGGCGUGCAGCACGACUCCAACUCCCAGGCUGACCUUGUGGGAGAACAGAUUCGAGUCAUCUGGGAAGACCUGUGUGGGGGCGACAGAGGCUACCGCAGCCGGCCAGCGUCUUCCAUGGCUUGUAACACCAUCUGCCUGAAGUACCUGCGCUAUGAGGAAGUGGAUGACCUCUUCAAGAAGCUGGAUAAGAACAGAGAUGGCCGAGUGAACUUCCAGGAGUUUCAACAGGAACUGUUCAACCUCAGCCCGCUCUCUACCCCUAGAGCCUCGACUCCCUGUAAGCCCAGACCCCAGCGCUCGGCUCAGCAGCCAUUUAAAGAAGCCCCCUGCAGAACUGCGACGCCACCUUUGAGGUCUCCGGUUGUUGGGCUCAAACGUCUCUCUUUCCUUGACGAUGGCUCUGGCUGUGUGAAUGCGGAGGAGGUUAUGAGCAUCUGGAAUGAAGAGGGAAUCCAGAACAGUAGGACAAUUCUCCAGACGCUGGAUUUCCCUGUGGAUGGCAAGCUGAACCUGGAGGAGCUGACGCUGGCCUUCAACAACGAGCUGCUACUGACGAACAACUCCAUCCACCAGGCCGCUUUUCUACUCUACAAGAAAGAAGUCCAAUUCCUCCAGGGCCAGUUAGAGCAGAGCUGCAAGGAGCGGGACAAGGUGAAAGCCGACCUGGAUAAAGCUGAAAAGAGGAGUGCCCACCUGGCCAGGGAGGUGGACGACCGCCAUGCUGCCAUGGAGCAAAUUCAUGAGAAGAAAAUACGUGAACUGGAGCAGGAGUACAGAGAGAAGGCGUCCGCCACGAAAAGCGAGAUGGACAAGGAGCGAGAGCUGCUGAUGCAGCAGGUGACCAGCCAGAGCGCCAAACUGGAGAAGGAGAAUGUCUGCCUGCAAGCCAGCGAUGCCAGCCUGCGAGAGCAGAUCGCCAUGGCAACCAAGGAUAAUGGCAGCUUGCAGAAGGAGAUCGCUGAACUGACGGAAAAGCUGGCACAGUCUGAAAAGAAAGUUUCUCGGCUUCAAAAAGAUUUGGACCACUUGCUGAUCGAGAAGUUUGGCAACCUGGAUCCCCACUCCGUUGAGCUCUUUGACCAGGAGGAGCGUUUUGCCGAAAUAAUAAAGGCAUAUGAAGAACAAUGCAGGGACCUGAGGGACAAGAACGACGAGCUGCAGAUGGAGCUGGAGCAGCUGCGGUCACAGGCGCAGGUCCAGAAGUCUCGCCACUGCUCAGGACACGCGGAUGGUGCCCACCAGGAUUGUGCCGACUGCAGGUCUCCCACUGAUGUCGAUGCUUCUGAAAAGGAUCUGGCAAACGUAAGCAUUGAGGCCGAGCUGGCAGUCGAAGUGAUGAAGGACCAGUAUCAGCUGGCAAUUCAGGACCUGAAAAUAGAGCUGGAGACAAAGGUCAAUUUCUACGAGAGGAACAUCGCACUGUUGAAGCAGAACAUUGAGCGAGAGCGCAAAGACAUAGAGGAGAGCUUUAAGCUGGAAAUCAGUGAGCUCGAGGAGCAGAAGGCCGUCCUGGAGGAGAACAACGCAGAGCAGCAGAGAGUCGUUACCGCGCUGAAGGAGCAGCUCCAGCAGCAGGCGUCGCAGGACGUCGGCCUCGAGAAGAGGCUCAUCCGUGAGAGGGCCGAGCUCGAGCAGUACUACGCAAAGGAGAUCUCCAGCCUGGCUCAAAGGCUCACCAGGGAGAAGGAGCAGCUGGAGGCCGAGCUCCAUGAGACACGUCGGCAGGAGACGGAGCAGAUGAGGAAAGAAGCGGAGGACGUGCUGCUGAAACGCUUAUCGGAGAUGGAAAAGCAGCACACACUAAAGUACAACGACUUGCUGCAGCAACUCGAGGCAGCGGACCGCCAACUGCGCAGGCUGUCUGGACAACUGGAAAUCGAGAAGAGCCAGUGGCAGAACAAAGAGAAGGAGCUUCUGGAGGAGUGUCGGAAAGAGCAACUGAGGAAAGAGGAAAAGCUAAAUGAGGAACAGGCCCGGAUCUGCCAGAGUUUUGCCCUUGAGAAGAUGAUGAUAGAAGAUCUUCACAAAGUGCAAGUGAUGGAGCUGAGAAGCACGAUCACAGAUCUGGAAAUGCGACUUCAGGAGGGAAGCACCGUGGAAGGAUUUCACAUAAAGGACGCCCCUUCUUGUGUUCUGGCCAAAGCUGGUACAGAGAUGGACGUUUUGGGCACCGCACCUCUUGCAAGUGAGGCAUUGCUGCAUGGAGAAGACUUGACCUGCUUGAAGGCUGAACCCGACUCGACUCCGCAGGAUGACAGUGACUUUUUAAAGAAAUACAAAGAGCAGGUUGAGGUGUCCGAGCAGCUGCAACGUCAACUAAAAGAGAAGGACGAUGAGGCCCAGAGAUGGUCGGCCGAAGUGCAGGACUUACAUCAACACUUGAUAAGGUGUAGGGAUGAGAUCUUCUUCUUGGAGUCUAAGGUAACAGCUGAACUGGAAGCUAAGAGUGACUCUGACCAAGAAUGCCAGGAGCUCUGGACUCGACUUAGAUGGCUGGAAGAUAGUCUGGCUGUGUCGGAAAAAAGGGAACAAAUCCUGCAGAACGCAGCGGAGGAGAAAGAGAAAGUGAUAACAAAGCUAAAAGAUGACCUCCGAGAUCAAGAAGGGCACCUUAAGGAAGCGGCCAGGCUGGCUGACCUUCAUCAAGAACUAAAGUCGGAGCUCCUUGAAAAGAAAUCUGAAAUCCAUCAGCUGUGUGAGCAGCUGGAGCAACUGGAGCAGCAGAUUGCAGCGCAUGAGUGCCAAAUUGAGCUGGACGUCGGCGAAAAAGUGGAUCUAAAGACCAAGUUGGGGGAGAUGGAGAAGGCGAUCAUCGAGAGCCGAAAGCUGCUAGAAGAACACACAAAUUUCUGUGGUCCUCUUUCAGACCAGCUUCAGGACCAGGAGGAAGAACUGAAGGAGCUGAGGCAGCAGAGUGAAGGUCUGGCACAGCUGGUAGAAUGUCGGGAGUGGGAGGCACAGGAGUCCAUCCACCGAGUCGCCAAGUUGGAAGAGGAGAAAAGCAAGCUUACGGAGCAGCUGGUGUUGAUGGAGAAGCAGGUGGCGGACUUGGGGGAAGGCAGACGUGAAGGAGAAAUGCACAGGGUGCAACUUCAGCUACUUAAUGAUGAAAAUGCGGCUCUCAAAUCGAAACUGGAAUCUCUUCAGUGUGACAUCCAGAAAUGUGAAGUGGAGACAAACAAGCAAAGGAAGCAAAGUGAACGACUCAAAAGUGAGAAGGACAAGUUGCAGCAGGAGCGAGAGCAGCUCUUCCAAGAGAAUACCAGGUACAGAGAAGAGGUGUUUGACAUCAGCUCGAGAAACCUGAAGCUGAGCUCCGAGAAUGCGGACCUGAGUUCCAGAGUGGAGUCUCAGCUGGGCGCCAUUCAACUUCUGAACGAGAGGCUCGGGGAAAUCACCCGGCAGAAAGACGAGGAAGCUGCGGUCGCUAGGCAACUGCAGGAAAGCUCGGCCCAGCUGGAGAGGGAACGGCUUCAGCAGCAGUCGGCCUGGCAGAGGGAGCGGGAGCUCAUCGAGGAGGAGCUGGGCAUCUCCAGAGAGAAGCUCCAGCGGCUCAAGGACUGCGAGGCCGAGCUGUCCAGUCUGACCAUCAAGCACGAGUGGCUCCAAGAGGACAAGAGACGGCUUCUUCAUGAGAUUGAAGAACAGAAGAAAAAGGCAGAGCAGUCAGAAAAAUUCCUGGAAAAUGUCAGGAGGCAGGUGGAUGAACUUCGCUCUCUGCUGCUGGUUGCCAACCAAGAAAAAGAACUGCUGGCCCAGGAGCUCGCAGCCAGCCAGACCAUGAUAGAGGAUGCCAAGAACACGAUAAAUCAGCUGGAAGUAGACGUACAGAGGAUGCAACACGAGAAGAGGCGAGAGCAAGCAGACGAUCACGAACUCUUUGAGCUCAGGAGACGAUGCGAGGCUCUGUGCUCGGAACUGCAAGCCGCUCGGCAAAAGACCGAGCAGGUGGCCACCAGUGAGAGGGAGCUGCGCCAGGUCGACCAGGAGUGCCAGACCCUGCGGAGACAGCAAAGCACACUGCAGUCAGAGCUGAAGGACACUCGAGAUCAGCUCCAGGAUGCCCUCACUACCCUCUCCCUGGCACGCUGCUCUCACGAACGAGAGUUAGGAGAACUAAAGGAGCGAAUAAGCGCGUCGACGUCCAGAGAGGAGGUGAACAAAGUGCGGACACAGCUCCUGGAGGAGCAGCAGAAAGUUAAGAGGCUGCAAGAGAGUCUGAGCUGUCAGGCCGAGCAGGCAAAGAUGCAGAUGGCGGUUCAGCAGGAGCAGUAUGAGCAGGUCCUCAGGAGAAUGGAGGAAGGCAUGCAAGACGUUGAAUCCAAACUGAAGAACGUGCGCGAGAUCCUUCAAGAGAAGGUCACACAGCUUAAAGAACAGCUGGACAAGAACGCCCGGUCAGACCUGCUGCUCAAGGACCUCUAUGUGGAGAACUCCCAGCUCAUGAAGGCCUUGCAGGUAACGGAGCAGCGGCAGAAAAGCGUGGAGAAGAAGAAUUUCCAGCUUGAAGAGAAGAUCGCUGCUCUAAACAAAGUUUUGUGUAAAAUCACGCCGGUGUCGCUGACCGCAUAGUGCAGGCUGCUUUACUGCCUGUAGUCUCAAUUGGCCACCUUCUCCCUUUUUGAGGUACGUAACUAGUGCGACGGCCCCCUGUGGGGUGACUCCCUUCAGAUUAUAUAGCGCCACCAGAGGCACUUUGAAACCAGUUAGUGAAAGGCGGACAAGGAGACCGAACUGGUAAGCACUGGGAGAGUAGAGACAACUGGAGCUACUUAAGUACCCAACACUGUGCCAAUGGGAGAUGUAGGCAAAGUUUAUUAGUGUGUUGGCACACGAUGGGAGGAGGCAUCACAGGCCGCAAUAUGACGAGAGCGGCUCGACUACCCUCUCACUUAUUUCUGUAGGAAUGGUGCCCGCUGCCCACUCGGUUUAUAAGCCACACAUCAGGACUGACCGACUGAGGGGGUCCAGCACCUCCCACCUCAGUUAGAUGUGAUUGGUAGACGCUGGACGUGGUGGCCAAAUAAGAGACUGAGGAACACGAGUAAGAGUGCACAGUUGGACACGUGGACACUCCAUUAAUAACCAAAUGACAGUAUUUUAUUUGGUGAUUAUUUUAUCACCAUUGUGGCUUUAUGGUGUGUAUAAUGACGUUCUGUACAGUUUUUAUACAAGAGAAAUGAAGUAUGUACAUAUUUACAUUUUUAACGCAAUGCACUGCUGCGUGGAAGUGACCUUCUUUAUCACUAUGCAUCACUUUAUGGCACAACUUGAAUACGUAUGUUAGGAUACACAUUUUGUGAAUAUUAAGAUACAAAUUUUAAAGUUGUUUUACCAAUAAAAGGUGAGCACUAAAGUCAAAAACA